AUGCAGAAACUGCUUGUACGAACACGCGCUUUGGGGAAGCAGGUGAGUUCGCUUUCGUUGCGUUUAAACGCUUUCGAGAAGUUUUUCGAGGAUACUAUUACCACGCGAUUCGAGGAAACGAAUGGGUUCAUCUUUGAAGUGUUGACGGCGCUCUCUGAUGCACCUCGAUGUGUGCAUCCUUUUUUGUCUACUCAGCCUCAACGAGGAGUGGAAAAAAACAAAAGAGAAGAAAUACGCGAAGGCGAACGCGCGCCAGAAGAAAUAUCUGCCGCGUCAGAUUCUGCCGAGCAGAAGAAGCAGAUCUCGACAAAGCCGAAGAAGAUGUCGUCGAAAGAGAAAGCGUCCAUGGGUUUAUGCUUUCGAGAAGCAGUCACGUUGGACGAUUUCUUGGACGGAUACAACACGCAGGUGAACUUGCCACCAUCAACUACUGGAAAGCGUUCGCGAGAAUCUUCCGCGACGCACUUUCUGACUUCGAGACGUUGUUUGGCGAUAAAGCUGGCGAAUACAUCGGCGAGUUCGAACUGGCGAUGGAAGAAGCGCUCGUGGUUUCUAACGAGCAGACGAGCAAGCGAGCAGGCGAGCAAAAACGGUGGAAGCCAGUCGCCUCAGCUUUCAUUUCUGCUUCAGAAAAAAGACCAUCUACAGACUCUACAAACUUUUCUCCAUAGAAUAGGACCGUUCGUAUCCAUUCUCGCGCGCUCCUCUGCGCCCACCCAUACCCAAUUACAAAAACUGCUACGGUUUGAACACCCAGUUCUAAGGCGAAUUUUUGAAAAAUUUAUUUUUAUUGAAAAAAGAGGGUGA